AUGAGCGACCCAACCAACCCCCAUAUCAAAGAGCGCACUACUCCCCAGUGGGGGCUCUACCAACGCGAGAACUUCUGGAAGCCAAAUGAUGGCAAAACAGCACCAUUUAAUACAGAUCCCGCAAAACUCGAAGAACGAGCCAAAGAACGCCUCAGCGAAGGCGGCUGGUACUACGCCUCCUCAAAUGCAGGAAUGUCCACAACCCACCUAGCAAACCGUCAAGCAUUCUACCGACACCGUAUAAUCCCAAACCAACUAGUCGACACCAACACCCGAGACACAACAACAACAAUCUUCAACCACAAGGUCUCGGCUCCAAUCGGCUUCGCCCCAAUAGGAAUAAACAAGAUCUAUCACCCAUCCGGCGAAUCAGCAGUCGCAAAAGUAGCUGGCGAACUUAACCUGCCCUACUGUCUUAGCACAGCAGGAAGUACAUCGAUAGAAGAUGUCGGAGCCGCAAACGGAGAAGGAUCUCCCCGGUUCUAUCAACUGUAUAUGCCCCAUGAUGACGAGUUGACGCUGUCACUUAUUACACGUGCUUGGGAGUCAGGAUUCGAUGCAUUGAUUUUAACGACAGAUACAUGGCAACUUGGAUGGAGACAUGAUGAUGUUGCGCAUUCGAAUUAUGCAUUUUAUCGUGGAUUUGGAGCUGAUCUCGGACUGUCGGAUCCAGUCUUUCGGAAACGGUGUGCUGAGGAUGGAAUCGAUCCGGACACUGAUGUUGUGCGUGCUUCGAGUAAGUGGAUUGAUUCCGUUUGGCAUGGACGGGCGUGGAGUUGGGAGAAGAUUCCUUGGUUAAUGAGGGAGUGGAAGAGGAUUUCGGGUGGGAGGCCUUUCGCUAUUAAGGGGAUUCAGUCGGUGAAGGAUGCGAAGAAGUGUGUUGAGAUGGAUGUGGAUGGGAUCGUGGUUAGUAACCAUGCUGGGAGGCAGGUUGAUGGGGCUGUUGCGAGUUUGGAUGCGUUGGAGAAGAUUGUUGAGGCUGUUGGAGAGAAGAUUUAUAUUAUGUUUGAUUCUGGGGUUAGGGGUGCUAGUGAUGUUGUUAAGGCUUUGGCUAUUGGGGCGAAGUUCGUGUUUGUGGGUCGUUUGUGGAUCUGGGGGUUGAGUAUUAUGGGGGAGGAUGGGGUGAGACAUGUUAUGAAGUCUUUGUUGGCGGAUUUGGAUAUCUUGAUGGGCAUUGCGGGGUUUAAUAGUAUUGAGGAUUUUGAGAAGUCAAUUCUUGAGUCGGGACCGAAGGCUUAUAAUUUGAUUCCUGAGAAGAGAAAACUCUGA